AUGCGUAAGUUAAAUUUCAUACAAAAAGUUAUUGAUAAUCUGAUAAUCUGUGGAUUCAAGGUAUUACUCGAGGCUUCAUUGAUGGUGUCCUGUUGUUAUCAAGGUCGUUCAAAAUUGGAUAAAUUAUUUCAUUUGUAUGAUUCUCUUUUAGAUCUGAAUAAUAAUAAUCUUUCCAAGUAUUUUCGAAGUAGAACUCUAGUAUUUUAUAUUGCAGUAUGUGAUAAGUUCAUCGAUUAUGUCUCCUCAAUAUACGUGUCUCUAUACGUUGUAGCUAUAAAGAGAAAAAAAAGAUCUUCCUAAAGCAUGUCUGCAUUGUAUUUUCUUAGUAUUAUCAACAUAAUACAAGUUUUUAGCUGUGUUGAAAAAGCAUUCGCUACAAAUUACCUUAAGUCGAUGAAAUGA